AUGGCGACGCAACGAACCUCGCUCGGUCAAAAGGCUGGUUGGUUAUACCACGAGUCGGGAAUCUCAGCUGUGUAUCAUGCUGGUAAAGAUGCCUGGCUUCUUAUUCUCUCGCGGACAUGUCGUAUGUUUGCGUUCAAGGCUGUUACGCUUACGAUAGCGCAGUUCUUCUCGGAAUUGGGAUUUUCUGAUUUCAGAAUUGGGUUGUUUAUGAGUUUGACGCUAUUGGGCGAUGUUGUGCUCGGUUUGGUUGUUACGCUCAUGGCGGAUGGGCUUGGCCGACGGAGAGUAUUGGUGGCUGGUGGGUUUUUGAUGGCUGCCUCUGGUGCGAUUUUCUCCGUCUUCGAGAACUUUUGGAUUCUUCUAUUCGCUGCUGUUGUUGGUGUUGUCAGUGCGAGUGGAAGCGACUUUGGGCCGUUCCGGGCCAUCGAGGAAUCCAUGCUGUCUCACAUCACGACUCCGAAAACACGAGCUGAUGUCUUGGCUUGGUACAUCACCAGUUCAAGUCUCGGCGCGGCAGGGGGUGCGGCAUUAGCAGGAAGAUUUGUCGAAAACAUGACCAAACGAGAGGGAUGGAAUCUCGUGAGGGCAUACCACGCGACCUUUUGGGUGUACAUUCUCAUGGGUGCACUGAACGUCUUAUUCGCGUUUGUCAUGAGUCGCAAGACCGAAGCUCAUCACGAUGACUCCUCGGAAGCUUCUGAUGAACUGGCUGAAGGUCUUCUCCGCGAGUCGAUGGAGGAGGAGGAAGAUGCUCGUAGGAGGAGACAGUCCAUGACAUCAAAUCCUCCUGAGCCAGCGAGUCGCUUUUCAAGUGUUUCCUCCGGUACCAGGUCUGUCAUGCACCGGUUGUGGUUUUUACUCACCAUCGAUUCUUUGGCCGAUGGCAUGGUUUCAGAAUCUUUGACGACUUAUUUCCUCGAUCACAAGUUUUCACCAUCCAAGACUACACUCGGGAAUAUCUUCUCAUCAGCUCAGGUCUUGGCAACCGUCUCAACAGUCUUUGCAGGACCUCUGUCUCGUCGCCUGGGUCUUAUCAACACUAUGGUGUUUACCCAUCUACCAUCUUCAAUUUCGGUUCUAUUCUUCCCUCUACCAAGUGGUCUUGUUGUCACAGUGAUACUCCUCUUCAUCCGCAUGGGCCUCAACAACAUGGAUCAAGCACCCAGAGCAGCCUUCAUUGCGGCUGUAGUCAAACCUGAAGAGCGCACUGCUGUGAUGGGAAUAACCUCGACACUUCGAACCCUGGCCAUGGCUACUGGUCCUUCACUAACUGGAGGCCUGGCUGAAUCUGGGAGAUUCUGGAUUGCCUUCAUGGUUGGCGGCAUAUUGCGAAUCAUGUAUGACUUGGGUCUCUGGUUCAUGUUUGUGAACAUGAGAUUGCAUAGUCAUGAGACUCAUCAUGAGGGGUCAGUGCCAAGAGGGCAGUCUAUUGACGAGGAGGAUGUGGAGAUGUUGCGGCAGUCGAUUGAGAGUGAAAGUUCUGAGGAGCAUCGAAAGUAA